CUCAUGAAGCUGUCCAUCUCCCGUGUUCUGGGGCCGAUGGAGCACGUUCAGUCGCGAGAUGCAUAUAUGGGUUAAUGGAACCUGCUCUCAUAAUCUCUGCAGAUCCACUUGUCUUUCUGCAUAGGUAAUUUGAAUAGCGAGCAAGUAUGUCUUCUUAUCAGGUGAAGGUGACGGAGAAGAUUGUGCGGGGCGAGGACAGCAAACUGAAGGUGAUUAUUGUCGGAGCAGGACUUGGAGGUCUGGGAGCUGCAAUCGCCAUUCUCCUCGCAGGCCACGAUGUCGAAGUCCUUGAAUCCGCAUCUGAAAUCGGAGAGAUCGGUGCAGGAAUCCAGAUUCUGCCGAACAGCAGCUAUCUGCUCCAGACCUGGGGCAUGCGCGAGGCGUUGGACAAAUACUCAACCAACCCCAAGCGGGUGAACAUGCUGAGUUGGAAGGGGGAUAUCAUCUCAUCUCUGGACACCGUGGAAUCAGCUGGCAAGUACCCGGGAACAUUUUAUUGGGAUUUCCACAGAGCGAAUUUGCACCAGUGUUUGCUUGACCGCGCGGUUGAGCUGGGCGCAAAAGUCCAGGUCAAUUCGAGGGUCGUUGAUGUGAAGAUUGAGGGCGACAGAGCGACUGCGGUGAUGGCAGAUGGGAGGGAAAUGGAGGCUGAUUUGGUGGUUGGUGCGGAUGGGAUCAACAGUAGGCUGAGAGAGGUCAUGCUGGGUAGGGAAGAUCCUCCUACACCGACAGGCGAUUUGGCAUACCGGCUGCUCUUGUCGACGAAGGACAUGAUGAAUGAUCCAGAGCUAGCGCAAUUCAUCAAGAACCCACAGGUAAAUUACUGGAUAGGUCCAGAUCAGCAUUGUGUAAAUUAUGUUCUUCGGGGUGGCGAGUUGUUCAACAUGGUUCUCCUGGUACCAGACGACAUGCCAGCAGGAGCUUCAACAUUAGCAGGCAAUGUUGAAGAGAUGCGAGCACUCUUCAAAGACUGGGACCCGAGGAUACAGAAACUUCUCAGCAUGUGCGAAUCUGUAUACAAAUGGCGUCUUUGCUACCGCCUCGGAAUGGAUAAUUGGAGCCAUCCAUCUGCAGCCUUCACCAUGAUGGGCGACGCUGUGCACGCUACGCUUCCUUAUCUCGCUUCCGGCGCAGGAAUGUCUCUCGAAGACGCCGCCGUCUUGGGCGAGUGUCUGGCACGCAUCACCUCCAAAUCACGAGCUUCCAAAAAGCUUGCAUUAGACGUAUACGAGAAAUGCCGGAAAGACAGAACAAGGAUGGUAGUAGAGAGAGGAAAUCUGCAGCAGUAUCUGUAUCACUUGCAUGAUGGCCCAGAGCAGGAAGAGAGAGAUAGGAAGAUGAGGAUGGUACCUACACCACCGGGAGAGGCGCUUGCAUGGCGAGACCCGGAGCUAAGCCCCAAGUUAUUGGGAUACCGGCAUAUUGAAGAUGUCGAUCGGAAUUGGCCCGCGGAUGUAAAACUAGUUGAACCAAAACUUUAGUUGGAGACUUGGAGUGACUUGGUCUGAAGAACAUUGGAAUUUUAGACUUUAGACAG